AUAUUUUCAUACGUUUGACAGGGCUUUUCAUCUAUUACAUAACCAAAAGUGAAGUUUCAUUGAUUUUAACCAGUACUGUUUUGUUUAGUUUGAAAUGAUUGAAGGAAACGAUGAACAAACAUAAAUCAUGCUUUGUAAAUAGUUGUGAUCAACUCUAACUGAAAAAUCAAAAUGGAAGCCAACGAAAGUACAUAUAUUUUGGAAUCAGCAGCAGCACCAGCAACAGCUUUCACCAUUUCAAAGCCUUAUCAAGACCCUAAGGAUUCUGACGAUGAAGAACUUGAACCAAGGAUUAAUGGUGAUAGUUGUAAAGGCAACAUGAAACAAACUGCAUUCAAUUAUGUCAAUUCAAUUAUUGGAUCCGGUGUAAUAGGGAUUCCUUAUGCCAUUCAUAAAGCUGGUUUUUUCACGGGAAUAUUUCUUCUGUUUUUCAUCGCUCUUAUCACUGAUUUUUCAUUGUGCACCCUAAUCAAGGCUGGUAACCUUGCCGGUGUGUCAACAUACCAGGAUGUUAUGGAACGUGCUUUUGGCAAACCUGGUUUCUACAUAUUGACCUUUCUUCAAUUCAUUUAUCCAUUUAUCGCCAUGAUAAGUUACAACGUUAUUAUUGGUGACACCAUGACCAAAGUUUUCCGAAGGUUUUUCGACUUAGCGGCUAAUAAUCCUUUUGGCAACAGAAAUACAGUUGUAUUCAUAUGUGCAGUUCUGAUUAUGCUGCCCCUGUCACUUUACCGUAAUGUUGCAAAGCUGAAUAAGAUAUCGCUUACUUCCAUCGGCUUCGUUAGCUUCAUAAUGGCUUUUAUUGCUUAUCGACUAUUCACAUUAGGACCUGAAAUUCCUCAAACAGAAAAUGCUUUCACUUUUGCAAACACUGGAAUUACAAAUGCCAUAGGAAUCAUUGCUUUCGCUUACAUGUGUCAUCAUAAUUCAUUUUUAUUAUACGAUUCAAUGGCCAAUACAAGUCAGCAUAAGUGGAAUAAAAUAACUCAUAUCAGCAUUGCAGUUUCGUUUUUUAUUGUUAUGGUUGUUGGAAUCUGUGGCUACCUUACAUUCACAUCUUACUCACAAGGGGAUCUAUUCGAGAAUUACUGUACAUCAGAUAAUUUUGCACAAGUAGCAAGACUUGCUUUCACAGUAACCAUCAUGCUUACCUAUCCAUUUGAAUGUUUUGUAGUGAGAGAGGUUCUGGAAAAUGCAUUCUGGGGAGGAAAACCGCCAGCAACUACAUCUCAUCAUACUUUAAUAACCAUAGCAAUAGUAGCUUCCGCUUUUAUCCUUUCCACCCUCACUGACUGUUUAGGAAUCGUACUUGAAUUAAAUGGAAUCAUUGCUGCAGUACCUUUGGCUUUCAUUUUCCCUGCUUUGUGUUUCAUUAAGCUGGAUCCUGAACCAUUACUGAGCAACCAUAAACUGACUCAUCUGGCAGUUGUGGCUUUUGGAGUGCUAGUUGCUGGUUGUGGAACCUUUUUUGCCAUUCAAUCUGUUUACAACGGAGUCUCAUGUUCUCAUGGCCAUGAAAUGUUUUACUGUAAUAGCAAUGCAACUCAGCCUACCGUGAAUCAAUGAAAGCAUCAAAAACUUAUUGACAUCAUGUUGCUACCCAUGGAAACAAAAACUGUACAUGAACAGUAUUACAACAACAAUUUCUGUUUAAAAUUCUUAGCAACUCGUGGUGAGUUCAUUCCACUUACAAUCAACUCUCACCUGUCUUUAUAAGACAAUAAUUGCAAAUUCAAAGCAAAAGAGUUAACCUGCUAAAUGAUUGUCAAUACCUUGGAAAGCCUUGAUGAAUCAAUUUAAUUCAGAAUAUUUCCAAUCAAUACCAGAAAAUCUGAUCUCUCUUCGAUAAUUUAUUUGAUGGCACAAGAGCUCACUUGAGCCGUUUUAAUUUGGAUUUUACUAUUACCUGUUACAGUCUCCAUUCACUCAGAAUAAAAAUCAAAGAUUUUCAAUUCGUGCGAUUGGUUUAAUGACAAUUUUUACUGCUUCUGUGUGCAAUGUAUAUCUUCUGGUUUUCAAGAAUCAAGUUAAAAGUCAACCUUUCAAUUUAAAACAAGAAACCAAGAAAUGUUCUUUGUCUAAUUUAGUUUAUAAUAAUUAACAAGCUAAAUGACUGGCUAUUUUUUUCUCGACUUUUCAACAUAAUUUUUAAUGUUUUUUCCUUUGCUAUCAAAGUGUAAAAUAACCAAUUGUAAAAUGUUUGUUUUCCUUGAUUCGAUUGUUCACAAAAUGCUUGAAGCAUCUUAUUUAUUAACUGAUAUUGUAUGUGAUAUAAGUAAAAAUUGAGAAAAAAAUAUCAAUUGCUUUGAACAUCAUUGUAUAAUAAUAAAAGCCAAAUAACAGUCUUUCAAAAUGUCAA